UCAUGCAUGAGGAGUUCUGAUGCAACGUUGAGCCGUCAUGAGACAUUGCAAAUGCUGGGGCUUGAAGGGGGACAUGUAGGAUAUAGGCGUACUAGGACCCGGCUCGACCCCGUGUUGCCAUCCAUCCUUCCGUCCAUCCAGAGUGUUCCAUUUUGGGUAGAUAGAAGCUUUCUUGUCGUUCUCUCAGAGCCUCGUUGUCUGUCCUGUCCAAGGUUCUCAGAAGGGAGCAGGAGGAGUCACUCGAUCGGUGUGUAGGCGGGCGAGCUCUCAAGUUCAAGAAAGGGCAUCUCAAGAUUGACCUGUUCCCCACGCCUCUUAUUUGGAACGACAUGAGCAAGGAUCUUUUCAUCAUCGACACCCGGUGUCAUCUCAAUCGAUCGAUCUGCAAGGCCUUCGAGAAGAGUGGAUAUGAAGUCGAGGUGUCAAGCGGAUAUCACGGUGUGCCCGAUGAGAUCUUGGCCAAAGCCAAAGGCUUCAAGGCCAUCUGUAUCUUUGUGAACAAAAAAAUCAAGGAUGAGCAGAUCGAAAUCCUCAAAGCCAAUGGAAACGAACUGAUCUUGUGCUGCUCUGCCGGCUUUGAUAAUGUUCCCGUGGCUUUGUGCAAGGAGAACGGCAUCCGGAUCGGUCGAGUUCCAUCUUACUCACCCUCGUCCAUUGCCGAAUAUGCCAUCUCAUCCAUGCUGGCUUUGUCCAAGAACUUGCAGCGAAGCUACGAGCAGACCAAGCACGCCGAUUUCACCAUUGGUGGGCUUCAAUGCAUCCUGUUGGAAGACAAAACGGUCGGCAUUAUUGGCACUGGCAUGAUCGGCAAGAAGACCGUUCAGAAGGUGGCCGGUUUGGUCAAGAAGGUUCUGUGCUUCGAUGCGUUCCCGUCCCAUGAUUGGAUUAAGGAGAUCCCGAAUGCCGAAUACGUGGAAAUGAACUACCUUUUGGAGAACUCGAAUGUUAUCUCCAUUCAUGUUCCACUCCUCAAGGAAACCCAUCAUCUCAUCAACAAAGAUACCAUCAAACAGAUGAAGAAGCACGUCAUCUUGAUCAACACGUCGCGUGGUGAGAUUGUGAACACUCCUGAUCUCGUGGACGCCCUGAAAUCCGGACAAGUGUUCGGUGCCGCUUUGGACGUGUUUGAAGGAGAGAAGGCCUUCAUCUUCAAGGACAUGUCCGAGACCCAGUUCCAUGAUUUCCCCGAAUUGGAUGACUUGAGCAAGAUGUCCAAUUGCAUCAUUUCGAGUCACGUCGCUUUCUAUACGGACGAGAGUAUCCGGCAGAUCACGGAAAAGACUCUUGCUAACUUUGAAGGGUUCUAUGGCAAAUGUCCUUUGGAUGAGAAGAGCUUUGUUGCCUAAGCCUGUCGUCGCUAUCUUAUUAUGAAUGGAAAUUCUAAAUAUCUCCCCCACAAUAUCCUCUGAGAGUAAACUUUACGUGAUCCGAAACUAUUCAAAUUAUAUGUGCUUAAUCCGUUCUGUACAUUUUGCCUGUGUAAGGAACUCGUUUUAUUCCUUUCGUCGUUUCCAUUGACCAUAGUUUUAUCAAAUUAAAAAACAUAUUCCCUAGAA